AGACUAUGAACCACAAAACAGAUUGGGAGGGCAAAGUUUCUUCCCUUUUGCGAGAAACACAGUCAAAUUUGUCACGAAUGAAGAAAAGAGCUGGUGAUGGUGUUGGUUUUCGUGGUUACAACGAUUGGAAGUAUAGAAGAUACUCCAGUUCAUCUCCAUCUAUGAGAAAGUUUUCUUCCAUGUCUGAUAUAUCGCCAAGCACCUCCCGCUAUCCCAGUGGUUUGAAUACAUCUUUCCGUCAAGGGACACAACUCAGUACAAUCCCAGAUGCUUAUGAAUCUACUGCCUUAGAUACAAAAUCAUAUACACCCAGUGGUGGCCAUAGUACCACAUAUACAGGAGCCACAAGUGGUAGUCAGGGCACCACAUAUACAGGUGGUGCUACCCCUAUGUUCACACAAUCACUGCAAGAGAAACUGGACCAACAAAAUAAGUUGAUUGAUCAGCUGAUGCAGAUGGUUCACAAGUUGGAGAGCGAAAGAAAUAAUUAUGGCGAACAGAUUCGAGAUAUACGAGGAGAAAUACAAUCAUUGGGUGGGAAAAUGUAUGACAAAAAUUCAGACAACACCAUGGAACGCCGCAUGGAGCAAGUGAAACGCGAAAUGUUGUCUGAGAUACAUGUACUACAAAAUCAGGUCCAAAUGUACCGAAAUAAGGGAGACAAUCAAGUGUCAGACAUUCAGGUGAACACAAUCAGCAGAGAUAUGAUGGACAUGAAACAUACAUUAAGAGAAGAAAUGGAAACAGUGAGGAGAGAUGUUGAAGUGUUGAAGAGUAGACUUAUGAAAAUAGAACUGGAUAUGUCUGAUAUUUACUCAAAUCGGAAAGACAUUGAACGUCGUCAAGACAGAAUUGAUCAGACAGUACAAGAUUUAUCUUCUCCGGCCAAAACUUUGUCAACUCCGUACUGGUCACCUGGUCAUGUCUCUACUUCUACCUCGGACAAACUGCACAUGUCAGAACUCAGGUCCACCAUUGCUACUCUGAAAAACAAAGUAGAUAACAUGGAAGCUUCCGUACACCGUGACGCCACAUUAUCAGGAGGAAACCGUCCAUACACACAAACAAAUGGUUACCGUGGGUCAGACAACACAAGUGUGAUGGACUUGGAGGAGUUGAAUCUGAGCGAUGAUGAUGAAACAAGUCUAGACACAUUUAUAGACAGACCAGUGAAACAGAAGAAAAGUUCAAAGACAUCUGACCCUGAAAAUCUUGAUCUUGAUUCUGAUGAAGACCUUGACUUGGAAGAUUUGGACCUGAGUGAUGAUGAUACAGUAUCUCUAGAGUCUCAGCAUUUCUGA